AUGUUGCAAAGAGGAAUCUACACCCCAGUCCCUACGUUUUUCAAAAAAGACUGUGUCACCAUCGACUACGAGACCCAGGCCAAACAUGCUCGCUUUUUGAAAGAAAACGGCAUCUCGGGCAUUGUUGUCAUGGGUUCCACUGGAGAACUUUCGCAUUUAACUCGUGCCGAAAGGGCGAAAGUGGUGGAGAACAUCCAUUCGGCCGUCCCCGAACUUCCUCUUUUGGGCGGAGUUUCCCAAGCGUCGGUGGAAGAAGCCCUUUUGGAAAUCGAAUCGUUGAAAAAUGCCGGUGUGUCUUAUGCACUUGUUUUGCCCAGUUCGUACUACGGACCUGGAACCAAGCAGCAAGGUAUCAUUGACUGGUACACAAAAGUGGCCGAGAAGUCGGUCUUGCCCGUUUUGGUCUACAUUUACCCUGGUGUGUGCAACAAUAUUGUUGUAGAGCCAACUACUGUGAAGACACUUUCUGCCCACCCUAAUAUUGUCGGCACCAAGGUUUCCCACGGCGAUGUGGGCCACCAUGCCUUGUUGGGGCUCGACAAGGAAAUCGCUGCUAACGGAUUUCAAUGCUUCACUGGCUUGGGCCAGAUCUUGCUUCCCGCAUUGAGUGUGGGAUUCCAAGGUGCUGUGGAUGCUUUGAGUGGAGCCUUCCCCAAGCUUUUCGUCUCGAUUUUGAAGGCCUACGACAGCGGCGAUUUCGAAAAAGCCCGUGAAUUGCAAUUGAUUGCCACAAGAGGCGAAGAAUUGGUUGUUCGUUUUGGAGUUGUGGGCAUCAAAAAGGCUAUUCACACCGCCACUGGCUUUGGCGAGACCUAUUUGGGCCGGGCUCCUUUGAACCAGGAUGUUUCUCCCGAAUGGGAAAACUAUGCUCCGUAUCUUUCGGCCUGUGCUGAGACUCACAAGUCCUUGUAA